ACCUAGUGUAUAAAGAGCAGCGUUUUGGUUAAAGAGGCUGUCACCCCAUUGUGCCCCAUGACAGGAAGUGUUUGAAUCCCUGAGCUGAGACCAACUACAGGGCUAAGAUGUGGAGCAUAGCUGCAUUGGUGUUAGUGCUGACAGGGCCUGCCUCUUGCUACGUCACCUGCCCUGAUGGGAAGGUCUGCUCUGAUCAAUCAACCUGCUGUUUGACUAACGAAGGAUACGCCUGCUGUCCAGUUCCCCAUGCGGUGUGUUGCUCUGACAUGGCCCACUGUUGCCCAUCAGGCUUCCUCUGCAACACAAUCACCCAGAUGUGUGAGAAAGAGGACCAUCCUUGGAGCAGGGUUCCCACACUGAAGAAGGUGGCUGCAGAGGAACCAAGCACCCCUGUCACUGCUCCGCUCGAGUCUGACAGCAGCCGUGUCCAAAGCAAAGCAGUAGAGAGCUCUAUGGUCGGCAAGGUGCAAUGUGACAGCUAUUAUGCAAAAUCACCAUGUAUGAAACAGCAUUGCUGGUCCCGGGGACAGCACUCGCUCAGGCCUCUGACAGCACCCCACAGGCUGGAGUCAUUCGCUGUGACACUCAAUUCUACUGCCCUUCUGGAACCAGCUGCUGCAAGGGACCAACUGGCAAAUGGGGCUGCUGCCCAUACCCACUGGGCAAGUGCUGCGCCGAUGGCCAGCAUUGCUGUGAAUAUGGAUAUACCUGUGACCCAACCUCAUACAAGUGCAGGAAAUGGUACUCUCAGAUUCCUUCAGGUCUGAGGGAUGAUGCUAAGCAGGACUGACAAGAUUUCUUAUUAAUUAUAAUGUUGUCACUUUACUGGUAUUGGAUUGAACAAACAGAUUUGCUAGUUUAGCUUACCAAACCAUCAGGCCUAGCAUGCUAUUAUGAAAAUUCCACAAUGCUUUCAAUUCUACUUUUGCUUUCAAAAGCAA